GAAUAGACCUAUAGUUCGAAGAGAGAGGGCCGGCGGUCAGGCUGGCAAUGCCAACCUGAGCUCGCGCCGCGCCCGGCCUCUCGUUGCGCCGGCUCACGCGCGCCACGAUAAUCUCAUUGGCCUUGUGCGCUUAUAUAGCUGUCGAUCUGUGGGCUGCGACAAGACCCUGUGCCAUCCAGCGCCUUCUCGAUCGAGAGGAAUUAGGGAGAUUGGUUAGUAAAUCCGGCCGCAGAGCUAGCUACGUACCUCUUGCUACGCAAUUCUAGCUAGGUUGGUAGCAAGCGGCCAGCGGCCUGCUGCGGAGGCUAGCCGGCGCCGGCGACGAUGAAGAAGGGGGAGGACCUCGAGUCGCCGCUGCUGCCCGACGACGGCGAGCCGGCGCCGGCGGGCGACAAGGGCAGCGCGUACGCGCUCGUCUGCGCCCUCCUCGCCUCCCUCACCUCCGUCAUCUACGGCUACAACCGCGGCGUGAUGAGCGGGGCGCAGAAGUUCGUGCAGGCGGACCUGGGCGUCACGGACGGGCAGCUGGAGGUGCUCAUCGGCGCCACCAGCGUCUACUCGCUCGUCGGCUCGCUGGCGGCGGGGUGGACGUGCGACCGCGCUGGCCGGCGCCGCGCCGUCGCGCUCGCCGCGGCCAUGUUCCUGGCGGGCUCCGCCGCCACCGCCGCCGCCAACGGGUACGCCGCGCUCAUGGCGGGGCAGCUCGUCGCCGGCGUCGCCUGCGGGUUCGGCCUCGUCGUCGCGCCCGUCUACAUCGCCGAGAUCGCGCCGGCGGGUUCGCGCGGGUUCCUCUCCUCCAUUCCCGAGAUCGCCGGCAACUCGGGCAUCCUGCUCAGCUACGUCGCCGACAUGGCGCUCGCGGGCCUCCCCGCGACGCUCAGCUGGCGCCUCAUGAUCGGCAUCGGCGCCGUCCCGCCGUUGUUCCUCGCCGCCGCCGCGGCGCUGGCCAUGCCGGAGACGCCGCGCUGGCUGGUCCUCCACGGCCGCCCCGACGAGGCCCGGCGCGUGCUGGCGCGCACCUCGGGGGACGCCGCAGAACGCCGCCUCCAGGAGAUCGCGGCCACCGUCCGGGAGGCGUCGUCCAAGGGCGCGGGCGGCGAGCCGGCGGCGGCGGCGGGCGUGUGGCGCGAGCUCCUGCUCCGGCCCACGCCGGCCGUGCGGCGCGUGAUGGUCGCCAUCCUCGGCCUGCAGGUGUUCCAGCAGGCAAGCGGCGUGGCGGCGAUGGUCCUGUACGCGCCGCGGGUGUUCGGCCACGUCGGCAUCACCUCCGACCGCGCGGUGCUCGGCGCCACGGUCCUCCUCGGCGCCGCCAAGACGGCGGCCAUCGUGGCCCCACUCUUUCUCGCCGACCGCCUCGGCCGCCGGCCGAUGCUGCUCGCCAGCGCGGGGGGCAUGGCCGCGUCGCUCCUGGUGCUCGGCCUCUCGGUGCGCGCGCCGCCGCCGGCGGCCGCGGCCGCGGUCACGUGGUGGGCGGCGGCGACGUGCGUGGCGGCGGCGGCGGCGUUCAUGGCGACGUUCUCGCUGGGGUUCGGGCCGGUGAUCUCGAUGUACGGGUCGGAGAUCCUGCCUCUGCGGCUGCGCGCGCAGGGCACCGGCAUCGGGACGGCGGUGAACCGGGUGAUGAGCGCGGUGGUGGGGAUGACCUUCAUCUCGCUGUACGAGGCCGUCGGCAUGGCCGGGACCUUCUACAUCUUUGCGGCGGCCGCGGCGGCCGCAUGGGUGUUCGUCUACGCGUGCCUGCCGGAGACCAAGGGGAGGAGCCUCGAGGAGAUGGAGGCGCUCUUCGACGAUGCCGGUGCCAAGCAGCCCUCGCCACGGCCGACGCUCACGUGAUCGAUCCGGACAGAGGCAGCGAGUACGCAUCGUACGUGUCGCUAGCGCGGCAUCAGAAGCUGGUAAGGAUGUAAGAUUGGUUAACCAAAAGGUUGGGGGUUGGCUAGUAUAUAAUUGUUACUAGUACAGUAGUAGUGCACUAUUUUGUUUUUGUUCAUGUGUAGUUUUGCAAUUUUGAUUGGGAAUGAUCGAUUGGUUCUUGGGACUUGGGAGUGCAUAUAUAUGUUGUUUCUCUGACAAAGAAAGAGGGCUACUUGGAGUGACCUGGCAGCACAUGGCUAAUUUUCAGUGACGUGGAAUUCAGAGUGACCAUUUUAAGUGACGUGGCACUUACAUUGAAGAAGGGUACUGACUCAUAGGCUCAGCAAUGUCAGUGGCCAUCAAGACCUUCAAACCCGAAGUCUGUCACAUUCUCUUGGAUAGAAAAAAGCAGAACGGGAACUGAACACCAAGUUCAUUAUACUCUUGACCUCAAGGGUAAUGCAUCCUGUAGGUGGCAGUACAAAUGAAUUAGACUCCAAUGACAGCUUUUGGCAUCAUGGAGACUCAUGCCUCGUUCCUCAUCAGCUGCUCGGACUCCCAUCAGGCAUGCCUGCACUUCUGAAUAAGACCCAUCAAGCAGAAAGGAGCAUCCUCCAGCACCUGCUUUUACCAACUAACUGUCAUAAUCUCUUCUCUUAUUAAGAACUAGGUUGGCCACCCGCGCAUUUGCGCGGCUAGAUAUUAUAUACGGGUACAUCUUUUAUUUUGUAUUAUAAGUUUGUGAUUUUUAAGCUUUGAGUACAAACUAUAAUUUUUACCUGUAAUAUUUAUAUUUUAAUUCUUUUUGACAUUAUUUAGAUAAAAGUUUUACACAAAGUUGUUUACUGGAUUAUAGAUGUUAAUAAAAUAGGGUGGACAGUUCACAUGAGAUAUAUAGUAUUAAUUAUCUUAUUAGCCUUAUAUAUUUUUCGUUUGAUUUGUCUUUGUCAUCCAUUACUUUAGAGUAUUUGCAAUCGUCAUACUCUAAAUCCGUACUCUAAAAAAAAUAUUAUGUUAUGGUCAUCGAGAUUAUGUACUGUAUACAAACUUUUUUUGCACCCGUCAUAAUCUAUAUAAUUUAUUCAUUUAUCUCCAACUUCCAUCUUCAAUUAAAUUUUUUGUUACUUGUUUACCGUCUAAAGUGUGAGGUAAUGGGAUUUCUAGAAAUUAGAAUGUGAUUAAAUAGUAAUUCUAAGGACUAAAAUAUAAAUAUUAAAAAUAUAAAGGGCAGUAAAAAACAACCUUAUCUUUACUCUCUCGAUCCAUCUCUCCGGGCCGGGUCCGCGUCUGUUUCCAAAUCUCUCUCUCUCUCUCUCUCUCUCUCAUUUCCUGCGCCGACGCCGCACAAACGCUACGCCCUCGUCUCGCCUCCGCGCCUCCCUGCCGUGCGUCCGCACCGGCGGCGCCCCCUCGCCGCGUCUUGGCGCCUCCCUGCCAUGGCCCGGCUGCACCUCCCCGUGGCAUUCGCGCUCGCCGGCGGCGCAAAUGGCAGGCUGCGCGGGCCCCGGUCGGCGUCGCCGCCUUCCAGGCAGGCGGCCGCCUCCGCCCCGUCGUUGACCCCGUCGUCCGGCGCGUGAGCCAUCGCCAUUGCUGCCUCCUCCGGCGGUCCUGCUUCAUGGCGGCAAGAUUUUGGCGGGGUCAGAAUUCUAGAUGUGGAAGCAGAAUUAACAUUGGUAGAUAUACAUUUAAGGAAGCGAAAUUUUGCUUAUCUUUAGGCAAGAGAAAGCUGGUUAACGUGGAUCAGUUGGGGCUCAAUGUGCUCAGUUGAGUGAGGAUGCUUCACCUCAGAAUGGUCAGGUGAUCCCUGGAAAUAUGUUUGGCAUCUUCUGAGCAAAGCAGACCGACAAAGGAUAUUGUCUUCUUUUGAGUUUGAAUGGCACUUUGUAUCAUUUGGUGACAUGAUUAUUCGAGAUUGGUUGAUGUUUCUUAGUAACAUCACUGGAAGACCGACUUUAAGCUUCAGUUCAUGGUUUGGCAUACCAGGGAACCUCAAGGUGUUGAGAAACUCCUUAGUGUACAUGUGUUCCAUACCUUUUGUUGUUGCCGCGCAUACAGAGUCACAACUUAGGUAUGUCACUUCUUCACCUUUUAUUUGGCUCAUGAUAUAUUCAUUUAUCUGAUCAACCGUUUCGUUUCAUGGGCAUAGUAUUGCUCUUUCUUCAAGAAAUUUCCGCUGUUGGUAGUUGUUUAGCAGGUCCGGGUAUGUGCUUUUGACGAUUGCUUCUCUUGGGUCAUCUCCUUUCUGUAGCAAUAAGUCACUUGGGAUUUUUAUCAUUUCUUCUUCAUCGUCCGAUGACAUUUUUCCGUCACCAAUAUUCAAUAUCCAUUGUGCAAAUUCCUCAACCUUUUGCUGUUCGAUGUAACAAUAAUAACUGUCUGAUUUUCAGUUAAAUCUUCACUUAUAUAAUGUGCUAGCUCUCCCCAUAAUGUUACCCUAACUUUUUCACCACUGAAAUUUGAUGUACAAUAUUUUAAUAAAGAAUCUUUAUGCAAGAAAUUAUUUUAGCUGAUCAUAAAUUUAAUGAAUAGGAUUCUCUUACUCAAAUAAGAGAAGUUCAAUGACAUGAAUAUCUUUCGUUCGCUCACUUGGGGUGUUCCUCUUUAUUAUUCUUUGUUGCAAUGGCCAUAUAUUGGUGAGUAGUCCAAUAACAUCUGAAAAUUUGAGAAUAAGUUAAUAAAUGGUAUACAUGAUUAUGAAAUAGAUAACAGUACAACGAAAUAGUUACCUGAGCAUUGAUGAUCUUUAUUUUCUCGUUCUAGCAGCGUAUCUUUUGUAACAAACUCAAAGUAAUGUUGCUUGAAUUUAUCUGAUGGUUCAUUCACUUCCUUCACCAUUGUAUUAUAUGUAAAAACUAUUUUUUUCUCGUUGCACAAUGGUCGGUACCUAAUGGAUCCUUCUACUUUGAAGUUACUAAAAACAUAUAUGGAUCCCUCAUUUAUUUGUGGCCUGUAAGUAUUUAAUAGACCCUUCCAUAUAGUAGCAUGAAUUGCAUCAUUCUGUUCAAAGGUACAAUAAUUAAGCAAAAUCAGGAUAAUAUAUACAAACAAAAAAGAAAUUGAUAAAAAAAAUUACAUGUUUGCCCAUUAAAAUCAUAUCCAUGCUUAUAAGUUCAUCAGUUGCAUUGUUGAUUGAAUCCCAAACUCUGAUAACUUUUAUUUUAAUGCUCCACGUUUGUCCUUCAGUUGUAAGAUCACUCAAUUUUUUGUAUGCCAUAUCGUCAAUACCCUACUUGAAAAGAAACCAUAUAUAUUAGCUGCAAAUUCAUAUUAGAUGAAAAGGCAUGAUAAUAUUAUUCAUGAAAGAAAUUUGUAUGGAAGUGUGAUAAUAGCUUACCGAGUUAUCUAACAUCUAAAGGACAAAAAUGUAGCAUUAAUCAAUCUGCUAACUAUAAAGUUUUUUUUUUUAAAAAAAUAUGUAGUGUUACCUCUUUUGUUGACUGUUUAAUAAAUUUUAUUACUUAACUCAUCCCCGUAUUUUCAUGAUGAACUUUGGACGAAUAUGCAACCAUGACAGUACCAAUCGGAGCUAAGAGUACGCGAUGGGAGAAGAAAAGGGUCUCACCUUCUCGGAUUCCUGGAAUCCACCAAACAGGUGCCUUAGAUCUGGAGACGAACAGCAAGGAUUGGUUGGACCGGCGGCGGCUCUCCGGGAUCAAAGAGAAUCAAGCAGGAAGCUGGAUAAAAAAUUCUCCUUCGUCACCCUUGAGCUCUCUUUUAGUCUCUUCCGGCAGGCAGCUCUCCCCAGUCUCUCGCCGCAGCGCAUGGAGGUGUAGAGAUCGCAGAGGCAAGCCUUUUAUGAAGUCAACCUACGUAUGGGUUCUGUUUAUAUUUUUUUAGAAGGAAAAUCUGUCUAAUCGUGUGGGUUAUGGAUUCUGUUUAGAUUUCGUGUGGCGCACGUUGGUUGCCGUGAAUGUGGAGGCUUCUGCCGCACGUUGGUUUUGGUUGCGCCAAAUAAUAAUGAUCAGUUUGGCAAAUAAAAUAAGGGGUAUUUUUGACUAAUUUUA